CGGCCUCGCGCCAUUUUAAGAAAGGAACGACUUCAGCUUGGCGAGGAUACAUGUUGGGUAUAUUGUGUGGACCGAAAUACAUACAGAAUACUUACGAUUGUUUAAGAAGUUCACGCGCGAAGGUUUCGUACAGACGAAACGCAGAGAGUUUUUUGUGCUAAAGUUGGAGGUUUCGUCGGAAGCGAAUGAAAAGCUGAGGUGAACAAUGACUCAGUUUCUUCCCCCGAACCUGUUGGCAUUGUUUGCCCCGCGGGAUCCGAUCCCGUUCCUGCCCCAGCUGGAGAAACUUCCCCAUGAGAAACAUCACAACCAGCCGUACUGCGGGAUCGCCCCGUUCAUCAGGCAUUUCGAGGACCCCAGAGAUGCACCUCCACCCACACGAGCAGAGACGCGGGACGAGAGAAUGGAGAGAAAGAGAAGGGAGAAGAUGGAAAGGAGGCAAGUUGUGGUGGAAACAGAACUGAAGCUUUGGGACCCACACAAUGAUCCUAAUGCUCAAGGAGAUGCGUUUAAGACCUUGUUUGUGGCUCGAAUUAAUUAUGACACCACAGAAUCCAAACUGCGGCGUGAGUUUGAAGUCUACGGUCCUAUCAAACGGAUCUAUAUUGUGUACAACAAGAAAACUGGAAAACCAAGAGGCUAUGCGUUCAUUGAGUACGAACACGAGAGAGACAUGCACUCUUCCUACAAGCAUGCAGAUGGCAAAAAAAUUGAUGGACGCCGAGUGCUUGUUGAUGUUGAAAGAGGACGAACGGUCAAAGGAUGGCACCCACGGAGACUUGGUGGAGGUCUUGGUGGUACAAGGAGAGGAGGGGCAGAUGUCAACAUCAAGCACUCUGGCAGAGAUGACACUUCCCGCUAUGAUGACCGACCAAUUGGAAGUGACCGUGAUCGGGAUCGUGAACGCAAGGAUCGCAGUCGAGAACGAGACCGAGAGAGGGACCGUGGUGAGCGCCGCCGCUCACGAUCUCGAGAGAGACGCAGACGCACCAGGUCUCGUGAGCGUGAGAGGGCCAUUGCAGUUCCAGGGGAGGAGGCAGGAGGGGGCAAUCGGCGCAGAGACAGGGAACGAGACCGAGGUGUUGCUGAAGGCAGCCGAGAGAGGAGUAGAGACAGAGAUAGAGAAAGAGACCGCAAGAGGAGAAGCAGGAGCAGGGAUAGAAAGAGAGACCGAGAGAGAGGGAAAGGUGCGGAUGGAGGAGAGGAAGGCAUGGGUGGGCUAGUUGAUGGCAUUAUGCCUGAAGGAGGAGAAAGGGGUGUGGAGGACCCAUUGGGUGGUGAGCCAGGACGAGGUGCAGAUGGAGGGACCGAAGGAGAGGAGAGAGGAAAGGAUCGAGACAAAGACAGGGAGAGAGACCGUGAUAGGAAGCGCAGCCACAGAGAUAAAGAUAGAGACCGAGAUCGGGAAAGACGGCGAGACCGGGAUAGAGACCGUGAGCACAAGCGGGACCGGGGCGAUCGGGACCGUAGGGAAGACAGACACAUAUCCUCCUCAGGAGAUCAGGAGGGUUUAGGUAACGGAGGUGAAGAUGGUGAAGAGCAGUUGCCACCGCGAUCAGAAGAAGGUUCACAGGAUGGGAUGAGGAUGAUGAUGAUGGAUCAGGAUUCCAUCCAGUCAGGAGAGGGCUAUGCCUCUAAUGAGAAUGGAUACAGGAUGGAGGCCCAGGGCGAUGAGUACUGAACAUGCAUCCACAUGCAUUCACAAAUAUCCUCAACCAUUAUUUAAUGCUUGCACUAUGUCCACAGUGUGUAAGUAUUAUACUGUCCCUGGAAAGAAGCAUCCAUUGUUAAAAUCAAAAGAUUAUGUAGUUGAACCCAGGUUAUUUAAUUUAUGGGGCUUUCUAGAAAUACAAAACUUCACUAAAUAGCUAGCCUUAUGAUGCAUUUGAAUUCCCUGUCUAACAUCAGCUCAGUAUCAAGUGACUGCACUGCUAGGAAGAGAUCUCUUGACUGAGGCACUGUAUUUUAUUACGGCGUCGUUUAUUCGGUAAGGGAUGGGUAACUGUCAUGAUUGUGGUUGUUUAGUACUGUUGUCCAUAUGCAUAGAUGUUUGUUGAUUUACAAGAGUAAUUUUAUUAUUGGUUUGUAUUGUUAUCUGAACAAGGUUCCUUGUAUAUCUGCACCCAACAGUUUUAUUUUUUCUCUUUUGUCUUGAAAAAUGUUUCAUAUUUGGUUCAAUAUGUGUGGAUCGUUUUCAAAUUGUACAGUGGCGCCUGAUUUUACCAUAUUAACGAAGGCACCAAACAUUGACAUAUAUGUUUUUUGUUUAAGGAAUGUCUGGAAUGGGUUCACAAAAUCGCUCUUAAUUUAAUUUUUUUUUCCCUUGUAUCUCCGGUCGUAAUGGUUAUGGUUUUCAUUUUCGAAUAAAUACUUUAUUUCCAAA